AAAUUGAUUCUAAUGUUAGAGUAAAUGAACAUCAAUAUGGAGAAUCUUCAGAAAAUUCAAAUUUAUUAGAACAUAACAGAAAUAAUAGAGCAGAUAAAUACAAUCAAGAAUUUGUAAAAAUUAGAGACGACUCUAGUGAUGAGAUAAAUGAUAAUAUUUUAGAAGAUGAUAAAGAAGAA